GCCGAGUGUUUUUUUCCCUUGCUGUAGACCUAGCUCGGAUUUACAUACAAUGAACGGCAAGGGGGUGACAGUACUUCUGGCGGCUCUGGUUGGGGUUCAGUGUCUGCCCAGCUUCUCUGACCGCAGCCAGCCAGUCGGAGGGGGAGAUCAGCUCGCUGGAACAGCCAUCAAGUGCAAGACGUGUGUCCAGUUCACUAGACAAGCCGGUGCUGACCUUCUCAACGUCAUUCUCAACAGUGGUGUUAUUGGUUCCUGUACUGAACUGUGUGGAGCCCUCAGCGACAAGGGACAGGCUGCCAUGUGUGGACGCCUCUGCAACUUUGCUGGUAUCCAGGAGUUUACUCAACUCUUUGUGAAGGCUAACUUAGAUUCAUUCUACUUCUGUGAACUUCUCACUGUGUGCCCAAUCUUUGACGAUGGUGAUGCCAAAAUCACACAGCUCUCAGUGAAACCACCUGUGGCACCUCAAGGUAAGAGAACAAUUAGCUAUUCCUACACAUCCGACAAUGGGACCGGAACUGGAGAAAUUGCUGUUGUUGUUCAGCCACCUAGUGGACUUCCUAUUGGAGAUAGUUCCUUCAUCCCUAGGUCUCCACCUGGUACCUACUCUAACAAAAUCAUCCUCAUGGCCAAGCCUGACCCCCACUGUGACCCGAAGAAAGGACCCUGCCAAAAGUGGUCGCCUGGACACUAUAAACUCAGUAUUAAUGUCUGUUAUGGCAAGUGUGGCAGCAGUGACCCUCACAGCAAGAUCUACGACACACGUGAGGUCAAUUUUGUCAUCACUUCCUAGACAUCUCAUAUUUGUAUGUACAAAUAAAUACAGAAAUAUG